AUGGCUUACAGGGCGGCAGAACCCCGCAUCCCCAUGACCCUGCAAAGGGCACAACUGAAGGCUGAGGAGAAGACCCUCGACUUUGAGUUUGAGGUGGUGAAUGUGCAGUUCAAUGAAAAGGGCCGAUAUGCCCUGAGGCUGACAGUGGAAAACCCACUGCUGGAGGGGUCCGGGGCUGGGGUGUGCCUGCGGGUGAAUGAGGGAGAUGUACUCUAUACCAGCUCGGGGACCACUGACGUCAUUGAGCAAAGCAAUCUCAGCGAGAUCUACGCCUUUGAGAGGAAGAGGUUCCUCUUCACCUUGCCCAAAGGAUUCUGCAAGAAUGACAAGAACCAUGAUGUGCGACUCCGGAUCGAGGCCCUGCAGCUCCGUGGGCCCUCACUGAAGAGCAGCCUCCGGGCCGGGGAAGCCUUCUUCGCCAUCUACCCCCGCACCAACCAGCCAAGGAUGAACCUCUUCGCUGGGAAAGAUGAGGACCUGUACCACUACAGCAACAUCAUGGCACUGCUGCGGGUGGGCGAGGAUGAGCUGGCAAUGCAUUGUGGGAGGCUGGCCUACGCCGUGUCCUUCCAUGAGCACCGACUGCCUGCGAGGAAGGAGACACCAGUGUCUUCCUACCAGUUUUCACCCUGGCUGUCUGCAAGGAAGGAUGGGGAACAAGAUGGGGUGUAUACCCCAAGAGUGCCCUUCCCAGCACCCCUCCUGUCUCUGGAUGGUCCCCUUCACAGCUACCCCUGCUCUACUCCAGAAGCAUUGACAUCAUCUGCUUAUCAUUUGCCACCGAUAGAGUCCCUCACCCUCUCUGCUGAGGUAGGGAAUGCAGGGUUGCCAAGGUGUGCAGGGAAAAGCCUGCUGUGCUGCAAUAGACAGGAAUCCUGGUGA